UUCUCCUCCGUCCCAAACCAAACCCUAGAUUCAAUCCCUCGAUCUCCUUCUCCUCCGUGGCCGGCGAUUCCAAUCGGGGCCAUUGGAGCUCUCGAUCCAACGAAUGUGAGCGAUUUCUUGGAAUUCCCCGCGCCCUCGAUCCCCAUCACCAAUCGCAUCCAUGGCGGCCGCUGUGCCGCCGACCUCCGAUCUAUCGCGGCAGUUCUCCACGGGAUCUAUCGAGAAUAAAGAUGGGAUCCCGGCUCGCCGCAAUCUCUCCUUCGAUAUCAAGCUCUUGUGCUCCUCUAGAUUCACCUUUGGCCGGCAAUCGUCGCUCGAUCCUCAACGCCGGAGUAACCGCUGUCUGGAUGAGCUCACUGUGCCUGAGAAUCUCGAUUGUACGAUGCAACUUCUGUUCUUGGCUUGCCAAGGGGAUGUGCGUGGUGUGGAGGAGCUCCUUCAGGAAGGGGUUGAUGUGAAUAGCAUUGAUCUUGAUGGGCGGACUGCGCUGCAUAUUGCGGCUUGUGAGGGGCAUUUGGAGGUCGUCAGGUUGUUGGUUCGGUGGAGAGCUAACAUUGAUGCCAGAGAUCGGUGGGGAAGCACGGCAGUGGGUGAUGCAAAGCACUAUAGCCAUGCUGAUGUUUAUAGUUUCUUGAAAGCUAAAGGGGCCAAAGUUAUGAGAACCAGGAAAACACCUAUGAUGGUAUCAAAUCCACAAGAAAUCCCUGAAUAUGAAAUGAAUCCAGGAGAUUUUCAUUUUCGACGUGGUGAGGAGAUAUUAAAGGGCACUUACCAAGUGGCUAAGUGGAAUGGGACAAAGGUUUCAGUGAAAAUACUUGACAAGGAAAGCUAUUCAAAUCCAGAUAUCAUAGAAGCUUUCAAGCAUGAGUUAACUCUGUUGGAAAAGGUCCGUCAUCCUAAUGUGGUUCAAUUUGUUGGAGCUGUUACACAAAAUGUGCCUAUGAUGAUUGUUUCAGAUUACCAUCCAAAUGGUGAUCUUUGGAGUUAUCUUCAAAAGAAAGGUCGUCUAAAGCCUCAUAAAGCUCUUAGAUUCGCUCUGGAUAUUGCAAGGGGCAUGAAUUAUCUCCAUGAAUGUAAACCAGACCCAAUCAUCCAUUGUGAUCUGAGGCCAAAAAAUAUCUUGCUGGAUAGCGGGUUCCAGUUGAAGGUGGCUGGCUUUGGUUCAACAAACGUUAUGCAUUUGUCCUCAGGCAAAGCAAAACUAGCUCAUCCCAUGGCUCAAAUGGAUAAUCGAAGUUGUUACAUGGCACCAGAGGUUUACAGAAAUGAAAUAUUUGACAGAAGUGUUGAUGCAUUCUCAUUCGGUCUCAUUCUAUACGAGAUGAUUGAAGGAGGGCCCGUAUUCCAUCCAAAACCUCCAGAAGAGGCAGCGAAAAUGAUAUGCUUGGAAGGAAUGAGACCAACAUUGAAGAGCAAAUCCAAAAAUUAUCCACUGGAACUGAAGGAAUUAAUUGAAGAAUGUUGGGAUCCUGAACCAUUGGUAAGGCCAACAUUUUCAGAAAUCAUCAUCCGUCUGGACAAAUUAUUUGCAAGCUGUCCUCAAGCAGGACAACGGAAAGGCGCCUUUAAGCUUCUUUGGAAAUAAGAGCACUUAAAUCCCCAGCAUACUGACUGAUGAGGAUGCUACUGUGGCACACAGGUAACUUAUAAAAGAAAAAGGCUCUCUUUCAAUAUUAGAAUCCCUUAAAUGAACCGUGAUACUCUAUUUGUGAAUAGAUACUCAAUUAUACUCCUCUCAUUCACAAACAAAACCAUGCCAAUAUCAUCCACAUCUAAUCCACUAUCCUCACAAAGAAAUUAGCCCCCUAUUGUGCAAUAUAAACCAUCUCUUGUAAUAUAUAUGUGUAUGGUAAAAAGUGAGUUCUUAUAUAUAACAUUUGAAUAUGUUACAUAUUUUACGCAGUCAUAAAACACAAGAAAAAGCUAUUUGGAACAGGUUAAUUAUUAU